AUGAACAGAGCCUGGGUUGCAUUCAAGGCCCACCCGUACAUAAGCAACGUAGUUGGCUACACAGUACUUUUCGCCUCGGCCGAUCUUUUCCAGCAGCGAGUUUUGGGCCGAGGAGAUGAGUCGCGGGCCUUGGCGGGCGUCAACUGGUGUCAGACGGCGCGAGUGGCCACCGUGGGCUUCUGUUUCCAUGCCAACUUCAACUACCAAUGGCUGCGCUGGCUGGAGAGGAUGCUGCCAGGAGGCGGAGUCAAGGCGGUGACGGGGAAGGUGGUGCUGGAUCAGCUAGUAGCGGCGCCGCUAACUAUCAGUGCCUUUUAUGUUGGUUUGAGUUUUCUAGAAAACAGAGAUGAUCCAUUUGAAGACUGGAGGGAGAAAUUCUGGACAUCGUACAAGACAGGUGUGGUGUUCUGGUCGACAAUGCAGGCGGUGAACUUUUCCUUAAUCCCGCCAGUGGCUCGAACCGUGUUCCUCGGAGGUGUUGCUCUCGUCUUCACCAUCUUCCUGUGUCACCUUAGACAGCGGAAGGACCAUAAACUUGAAUAA